UUCUCGAUUUUCUGAAGUGGGGGAAUAGUUUAGAGACGAGGAAGUGAUGUAUCCCUGUGCUGCAAUCGUUCCAGGAAAUAGUUAGGUUAUAGUUUCCAGCAAGGUUUUUUUCCCGCCUUUGUCUUGUGUACUGAGCUGUAGUUAGUACUGAAAAUAUUACAGGUUCAGACUGCAGGUUUCCAUUUAAAUUGUAUCAUUGAACUACUUUUUUUUUUUUUUCUGUCAAGAAUUUGGAUUGUCAAGAAUUCAUGAUGAUGAGCCCUUUUUUUCCUCUUUUAUUUGUCUCUGUUCUGUGUAUAAACAGCUUCUCAGGAGUGCAGGGAAAGAAAUGGAAAGGUGAAGGUACUACUCAAAACCUGGAAAGUAUUGUCAUUGGAAGAUGCUAUGAUUAUGUUAGAAUUGUGAACCCUGCUGUUGGUGAGAAGAAUUGUUCACAGAUAUGGGAAGCAUUUAAAAAUGCAUUUAUUAACAAGGAUCCUUGCAGCAUUCUACCUGAGGAUUAUGAAUUAUUUAUCAACCUCACAUUUCACACGAUUCCACCUAACAAGUCUCUUUUCUGGGAAAAUAAUCAGCUACUAGUCAAUAGCUUUGCUGACAGAGGACGUCGUUACAUGUCUGUGGGUGAUACUCUGUUUGGCUUCGUUGGAGAUUUUCUGAACUGGUGUGGGCAGGCAGACAGCCCUGACCUGGACUAUGAAUCCUGCCCUACCAUGACGGAGUGUGAAAACAAUGCAGUGGAUUCUUUCUGGAGGAUGGCCUCGAUCACUUAUGCACGGCACAGCUCGGGGGUGGUACAGGUCUUGCUGAAUGGUUCUGCAGAGGGAGGAGCUUAUCCACAGCCAGGUUUCUUUGCAGAUUAUGAAAUACCUAAUUUCCAGAAAGACAAAAUCUCACAAGUUGUCAUUUGGGUUGUGGAUGAUAUUGAAGGACCAGAUAGAGAUUCCUGUGGAACUAAUAGUGUAAAAACAUUAGAAACCAGGCUGAAAACUCUUGGUUUUGAUGUCACUUGUACUGACAAUUACAAGUCUGUAAUGUUCUUACUCUGCCUGGAUAAUCCUGAUGAUUCUAAGUGUGCCCUUGCAUCCUAAGGGCGAGCCUGCAGUUGUGCAGUAUUGCCGCAUGGCGUUUGCAGUGUGUAAGCAGGGGAGCAGCCGCCCCUUCCUUCCCAUCCAUGUACUCAAAGUAACAUAAUCCCUGGUGUACUUGAAACACCAGCCUCACACUCUCCUGGGGUAACUCCAGAGCAACUCAGCUGUUCUCAUCCUCCUUAGGAAAAGUUUCCUUGCUUGUUUCCUUCAUGAGCACUCUAUUCCAUUCUCUAUGCAUGCCACUGUAAUAAGUUGGGGAUAUAUAAGUUAAUUUCUUAUAUAUCCCAAAUCACAAUAGAGCUUCCCAAUCUGAAUGCAAAACUAUCAUUUCCUCUCCCUGAAAUUUAAAUAAUUUAAACACUAUAAGCCAAUGAAUACUUACAUUCUUCCCAAAAUCACUCAAUUCUCUGCAGUAAAUAACACCACCUCCAUAGCUGCCUUUUCAGAAGGAGCCUUAAGUAAAUGCAUAUAAAUGAUUUGAUGAUUACCUUCUUAGGUAAGUUUUCUGCAUUCUGUGAUAGUCCAUUAACUGAUUGGGGGCUGGUCAGUAGGGGUACUACUGUUGGAGUGGGUAUCUGUUAGGAAAAGUUUCCUUUGCAGAGUAGGUGCUGUCAGUGUUCAUACUUCCAUAGUAGACAGUGGAACAGGCAUGCAGGGGUUCAUGCAUCCCCUUUCACCAGGGCUGUUUGCUAUUACAGGGCUGAUAGCUGCCCUCUCAGCCUCCCAGUGAAUAAUGUCCUGAGCCCAAAAGCAUCAGAGUUGGGCAAGUAAUGACUUUUUAUGUCACCACAACUCCUGUUACAUGGGCAUAGCACAGGAGAGAGCUGGGCCAGGGUAGCAGAAGGAUGGCCUAGAAGGUGCUGUAAUGUACCUGGGGCUUCUUGUGUGGUGGUUGUGCCCCUUAACUCCUCUCCAGACUUGAACGAUGUUCCUGCUCAGUCAAAUUUGGACUUCAGCUGAAGGCUAAGGUGACAACUUGAUGUUAGAAAAAAACUUGUGAGUAAAAAAUACCCACUAGAUGGCAGAGAUGGCUUACAAAUGUGAGCAGGAAGGAAGCCAGAUGCAAGCUGUUAGUGGUGGUGGCAUGGAUUACUUGCAUUAUUGCAAUGUCAGGGAGAAACAGAAGUGGAUCUGGGUACUAUUGCACCAAGUGCUGUGAAAACACACUCCUCCAGGACCACUGCUGUCUAGAAGAACGCUAUAAAAUCAUAAGCAUAAGGCCAGAUACAGCAAAUGGAUGUAGAGAAACAAGAAGGCGCUUGUGUGAAUGUAGAAAGAAGAGUUCCCAGGGUUUUGCAAAGAUAUUCUGUUUAUAGAAACAUGACAGCCAAAGGGAAUCUGUUGGCAGGCUCAUAUAAAGAAACUUCUAGCUUAGCACUUGGGCCACAAACUUCACCCUUGGCAACAAACCCCUGAUAUUUAAAAGAAUCCUAACUCAGCUCUGUGCUGUGAACAUCCUGUUUGUUUUCUCUUCUUCAGAUCUGCACCAGCAGCACAAAGAGGACCUAUAUCUUCAGACAGAGGAGGCAACUGGAACAAGCUCAUGUUUGUUUCUUUUGCAGGCUUUUUGUUCAGAUUUGCUUUAGUGUACUGAGUUAAUCAACUGAAUCCAUAUCCUCUGUUUGACUUAGCUGACUAUACAUUUCGCUUCAGCUGAUUUCUAACUGCAGUUUCAUCCUGCUUUUAGGACUGCAAAACCUUCAUAUUAAAACCUUGCAUACUAGAUACUGGCUUGUUUUAAUAUCAAAAAUUAUCCCACUGCUGCUAGAAAGCCUUAUCCUUCAUUUUCUUUUUCUAGAAGUUCAUUGCUAUUUCCUCUUAUCUUUAUUCUCCAGAAUUAAACCAAGAAAAAUAUUUCCUGUUCACAUAUUUCAGAAAGAAAAAUGAGACUAAGCAUACAUCAUUACUUGUUUGUAAAGCCAUCCUAGCAUCUGACCUUGGAAACUAAGUGACUGAUUAUUGUGUUUGGGAAGGUGAAAUAUAAAUUCAAGUGGAGAGAUCUUAGAUUGCUCACUUAAUACGAGAUGCAAUAGGUAAGGCAGUGGGAAAGUAAACUCACUUUUAUAAGUGGUCCAGUAUUUGGGCUAAACUUAAAAACUAGGGUACAGCAAGAUUCUGGGUGCAUACUUGCCUGCAGUAAUUUACCGCAUAAUAUCAAUUGUUUCAUCAUCUGCACAGCUGUUCCUCAGCUGGCUGUUUCCUGGCCACUGGAUAGCAAAUAGUCAGAAAUAACAGGUCUAGAAAGUUCCACAGUUUUUCCACCACAAUGUGAUUUAUGGUAUAUCAAAUUCAGAUAAGAACCUGCCAAGUCAGACACUGGCCUGCUUGCAGUGAACUCGGAUGCAGGGUUCAGAACGCACUGAGGAGACAGCAGGUGCCAUCCUGGAGGUUUCUUGGGUUACUUGUGUGAAUUCCAGUGCUUCAGCUAGAGGUUUCUCUAAACCACCAGGACAUCCAGUUACCAGGAUAACACAUAAAUCUUCAGAAAAAAAGUAGUCAUUCUACUGAGAAUAAUUGUAUGUAGCUAUUUUUUGCACAUUUUGUGUUAGCUUCUUUAUUAUUUAUUUGUGUUUGUAUGGAAUGGUUGCCAGGAAUCUUGGAGAGGAUGUUCCUGUUAUCUCAGUGAAUCUGAUUUAAGGGUCCAUAAUAGAUUUACAUCCUUUCAAUCCCUGAUGCAACUGUGUCAUGUUGUAUGUUUGAAAGAUAAAGUAUUUAAAAUAUGUUGUAGUUGCUUAUUUGUCUUGUUUCCCUGCCUGUAAUAAUCUUUAAUUUGGUUCAAUGCAAAUCUCUUUAUAUUGCACAUGUAUUUGGGUUUGCCUACAUCACAGGUGGGUUUAGGCUCCAGCCUGAAGGAUUUUUGUAUCUGUUUCAGACACAAAAAAGUACUGAAAGUACAGAAGUACUGAAAUCAGAAGUUACAGACCUUUAAAAAUCUGGGCUGUGUUAUGCCUCAAAAUUGUUUCCUAUCUGUGCUGUAAACUUUAGUUUUUUGAUUAGUUCUUUGAACAUCCUGUUCAUUUUUUGUUUUGUUUCAUGUUUUAUUAUUUACAGCAGCCACCAGAGUAGUAAGAAAGGUAUCUGUAACACCUCGUAGCUAAAGGUAUCUGAGUCACAUCUCAGAUAGCUAAAGCCAAGCAAUUGUGAUCAAUCUUCUGUUUGCCCACAGCAGAUCAUAUCAUGACACAUUUUGGGCCACAGGCUGCAGAGAUAGUGUGUGAGAGGCUGCCAGGUGUCCCAGCUAUCAUCAGGGCUGCUGUGUGCUACCUGCUGCCCUGUGUGUGAGCUCCAGAGAACAGCUCAAUACCAUUCACCAGCCAUGAGCCUCUUAGGCAACUUCCAGCCACAAGCCAAGCAUCCCAGCUGGCCAGCUUUUGCUUUCCAGCCUCUGCAUGGAAUUGACUCCAGCAGCACAGUCAGUGCUGGCAGUUACACAUGGUACCAAACACUCUGUAGAAAGUGCUAAAUAAUUCUCUCUUGGAAAAAAAAAAUAAAAUAUUAAGUAGGAUAACUUCAGUUUAAACAAUUGAGAUUAUUUAAUGCAUAGCCUUAUGUCAAAAACAACACACUCACAACCUCUUCCAGUGUUUUCUUAUUUCUAAUGUUCAUUCCUCUUUUCCCAUUACUUCAACUCAGUAGCAAUGACAGCAAUUUCUUUUUAAUACCUGUUCAAUAAAGUGUCUCAAACUUGCUUAAAAAACUUGGGAAGAUCUGUAAAGAUUUAUAGCUAACCAGCUAAUAUAGCUAGUAAAAAAAAAAAACAGCAAGGCAAAGUUCUAGAUGCAUAGGUUUCCUGAGACUUUUAGAGGUAGCAGAUUUCAAGCUGAGUGUGAAUUGUUUGUUCUCAGUAUAACAUAAUGGUUUUAAUCUGUGCAAAACAGCAGUGUGACUGGCACCUCGGGAGCUGAGGGGCAGGAGUGUCAGCAAAGCAAGAAACAAUAAGGUUAUUUGUUACUCCCAGAGGGAGGGAGAGACAUGAACAUGACUUUUUUUUAAAUUUCUACAUCUAUAAGAAUAUGAAUAGCACUAUUUACAUAUAUGUGUUACACUGAAGUAGUGACUGUCAGCCAGGUGAGCCUGUGCUAUGUCUUGAACACUCUGAAAAUGUGAAAAUGCUCUGAUUAGCAAUGUCUAAUGCAAGAGCUGUGCCGAAUGUGGAGAAAUCAUACUGUCUAAAAGGCAUCUGUCCUUUUCCUUAAACUCAUUCAAGCCUGGGUAAGUUCACAAAUAUAGAGUGAAAAUGUUUCAACCAUUCAUAUUUAUACUAGCAGUAGUACAAAAACAUCUGUCUCCAGAUGUGAAUUUGAGGGAGAAAAUGUUUCAGAUUAAACAAUAUGUAUAUCAUUUAAUACUGAGUCCUGUUGGAUGCCAAAAUCCUGUGUAAACCUAUUAAUAUCCAACUACUUGUGGCAAAUGAAAACAUCAUGUACAGGAGCAUUACAAGGUUUUCUGCAUUUCUGCAGACAGACCUGUGGAAGCUACUGAGAGUAAGGCAGUAUUUCCUGCUGUGCCCUUUUUGUGGACCUCGUAAGAACUCAGUUAUCUCACAUUCUUCAUUCCUGUAUAGAAGUUAAUAUACUCUCUCCUCCUACUAACCUACUUUUUCUUUUUGCUACAUGCAUUUCAGUCAUUGUAUCUGACAGAAGCUGAACUCUAAUUCAGAGUAGUUCCUUUUUCCAGCAUGCACACAUAUACACCUGUUCACACCUGCUCUGCCUAUUUUUAAAUGUAAAGUCCUGAGUGCUCUGGAGUAAAAAGUUAUGAGAAUAAAGCGAGGACAACUUGA